AUGAAGUUGGUCGGAGCGGUCUUGUUUGGUGGUCUUCUUCAAGCUGCUGAAGGGCUCCAGUCGCUUCGCAGAACCGCACAAGGCGAGACCAUCUUCGAACUCGGCAAUGCUACUUACUUCGCCAACACCGUUCAUCCAGCCACUGUGUUGAAUGUGGGAAUCAGCGGUCUUAGCUGGGAUGGCCCGAUCACUGUUCUUCAUACGAAUGUCUCGAACAUCACAGCCGCCGUUCUCGAGGACAUCUUCAAAAGUUACAGCGAUGGCGACGAUGUCUUCUCGAUGGCUUUCACUUCAGCUGUCCUCCUGAAAACUCCUGGCACGGCGGCCGUCCAUCCUGCGGCGGUAGAUUAUCUGUCGAAGAUCAAGACGACGCAUCUCAUGGCAGCCGGCGGGUGUGCGGUGCCAUCUCACCAGGCAGUGAAGAACAUGGCAUUCAACGGGUCGCUGGAUCUGCCUCCUGGUCCCUACUUUGCCAGUUUCAAGGCCGGCUCGGUCACGAUCUCCAAAGUCUAUCGUCUAUACGAAGACACGCAUCGUGACUUCCUGUACGGUGCCUACGCCAUGGAUGAUGGAACCGGCCGAUUUGCCUCGCUCGGCGUAUCAAUGCCACAAUUCGGAUACCCGGCCAUCCCGGUGCCCUCACGGAUAUACUCUUGGAACGACGCCCGGCCCUUCGCAGGGUAUCGAGUGGCAAUUAAAGAUUUGUUCGACAUGAAGGGGCUUGUAACAACUGGAGGUUCCCAGGCUUGGGCACUAGUCAAUCCAGUUGCCAACGCUACGGCGCCUUCGAUUCAAAGGAUCCUGGAUCUUGGGGGUGUGCUGGUCGGAAAGUACAAGCUCGCUCAAUUUGCCUCUGGUGCAAAUCCUUGGGAUUGGCAGGAUGAACACUAUCCCUUCAAUCCCCGUGGAGAUGGAUGGCUGACAUGCUCAGCCUCGUCAUCUGGAGGAGGUUGCUCCAUCGCUGCUUAUGGCUGGUUGGAUUAUGCCAUCGGAAGUGACACCGGUUCCUCGAUGCGAAGACCAGCUGCUGUUUCUGGGACAUACGGCCAGCGGCCUAGUCAGGGUAUGAUUUCUCUAGAGCGUGUCUUGCCCCUCGGUGGUGCGACGGAUACGGCUGGAGUCUUCUCUCGAGAUCCUUACAAAUGGAUCCAUUUCUCUAAGCACUGGUAUACGCCCAGCUUGCACCAAAGCUCGAACAUCACUGGCCUGUCUCCGUUGGUGGUUCCGGACACGAAUGCAUUCCCGAAGACGAUUCUGUAUCCUGUCGAUUACCUACCGCUUAACAAUUCCGCCGCUGAGCCUAUUCUAGACGCAUUCAUUGGCAACAUGUCUUCGCUGUUUGGAAUGCAAGUGAAGCGUUUCAACUUCAGCGAGACUGUAGCGAAUGCUUCCGACCUAGCUGUCGCGAAUCUGACGCGACUCAACAAUGGGCCGCUCAAUAUCAUCAACUCUCGCACGCAAUGGGUCGAAGUCGCCAACCCAUUGAUUGAUCGAUGGGCCGAGCUCUUCGAUGGCCGCUUCCCACCCGUUGAUUCUGCCCGGCGAGAAGGCUGGCAUGAGUAUAAUGAGACCGAAAACUCCCUGGAAGCAUACAACGAGGCCCUCAGACAGAAGAAUGCUGCUGUGCAAUGGUACGAGACCAACCUACAAUACUCCACGCCAGACUCAUGCUCGGAGUCUGUCAUGUUAUAUGAUAUUGGUACAGGCGGUCUGCCCUCCUACCGAGAAGAGGAGCUCAACAAUAAUGCCAACGCUUCUUUCUUGGCUGUCAGGCCUCCCGGUGCGACCAUCACCGGUGCGAGCAUUUGCCCGUUGUAUGGAUGUGCUGAUUUCACGAUACCGAUCGGUCAGGUUCCAUACUGGAGUCAAGUCACGUACCACUAUGAGAUGGUACCAAUCACUAUCAACAUGGUCGUGAAAAGGGGGUGUGACUUCGUUCUGUACAACAUGAUUGAGAAGUUGGCAGAUGCGGGUGUAUUGACGAGCGUCAAGACGGGCAGGACAGCCUUCUAA